AUGCACACGGGGCAGGAGACCAGCUGGCUGAACAGAGCUCUGCUCCUCAUGGAGCUCAAGAGGAAAAAGAAAGAUUACAAGCUCUGGAACCUGCGUAAGGCUUUACGGGAAGAUUACAGAGUUGUGAUUUGCAUACACAAGGAGAAGAUAUAUAAGACCAAAGCUGAACUGAAGCUGAAACUGGCCAUUGUUGUCAGACAAGAAGAAAGAGUUGAAUGCUCAAGUAUAUCUGACUACUCAGAAAAAAUUAUCAAGGCCAACCACUUGGACAACAUAAUCACAAUAUUUAAAGGUAAAGUGGAAGAAGUCGAAUUACCUGUGGAUAAAGUAGACAUCAUCAUCAGUGAGUGGAUGGGUUACUGUCUGUUCUAUGAGUCAAUGUUAAACACGGUCAUCUUCGCACGAGACAAAUGGCUGAAACCUGGAGGGCUAAUGUUUCCAGACCGAGCUGCUUUGUACGUGGUAGCAAUUGAAGACAGACAGUAUAAGGACUUCAAAAUUCACUGGUGGGAGAAUGUGUACGGCUUUGACAUGACCUGUAUUAGGGAUGUUGCCAUGAAGGAGCCUUUGGUGGACAUAGUAGAUCCAAAGCAAGUGGUGACCAAUGCCUGUUUAAUAAAGGAAGUAGAUAUUUAUACAGUGAAGACCGAAGAGUUGGCAUUUACUUCUGCAUUCUGUCUCCAAAUUCAGCGUAAUGAUUACAUCCAUGCCUUGGUCACCUACUUUAAUAUAGAAUUUACGAAGUGCCACAAGAAAAUGGGAUUCUCUACAGCACCUGAUGCUCCCUAUACUCACUGGAAGCAAACUGUCUUCUACUUAGAGGACUAUUUAACUGUGAGACGAGGAGAAGAAAUCUAUGGGACUAUAUCCAUGAAACCAAAUGCAAAAAAUGUGCGUGACCUGGAUUUCACUGUAGACUUGGAUUUUAAAGGACAGCUUUGUGAAAUGUCGGUAUCUAAUGACUACAAAAUGCGCUAGCAAGAAACUUUUCAGAGGCAUGAAAAGGAGAACAUUAUCGAGUCCUGAAUAGCUGAACUUCAAGCUAGCAACAAUUGUUCAUAAGAUUAUCAUAUCGAAUACUAGAAUGUUUACCCUGAUGGAGAGUGGUGACCUGAUUCUUCUUGCAGAUGGUAUGGAGGGCUGGGAUCCCACUGUGAAUGUACAGUAUACAGAACUGUAGAUUUUGUCCAAAAAAAAUAGGAAAAAAAUAAGGCCUUGCGUGUUUUGGUCAACUUUGGGACGGCAGAAGAUGCAUAUACAAAUUGUACUACUUUCUGUGAAUUUCUGGUUCUUCCAAGCUUUGCAUGCUAAAGAUGAAUAGGGCAGUUUUCUCGCUAUGAAAGACCAGUACAGCACAUUACUGUGAUAGUAUCACUAGACUUAUAUUCAAUACAAAUUAACAUAUAUAUAUAAAUAUAUAUAUAUAUAUGUAUCACGUGAGGGAAAAAUGUAAUUUCAUACUAGGACUUUAUUUUGUGAUGAUGAUUUAAAUUUUAUUAUACAGUUAAGGAAAGAUGAUGCUAUCUCUGGCACUACUCCCUAUGCAGUGACAUGUUCUAGUAACUGUCCCAAGUUAAAGCUUUCGUAAAUAAUUCCAUGCAAAGUGUAGAUAAAAGCUGAGCAUCUACAGAAAGUACAAGAGUCCUUUUGGAUGUCCUUUGGAAGACAAGGACCAGGAACAUUAAAAUUCACCUGCACAACUGGAUGUCUGUCAGAGAUUUUAAGACAUUAGCUUUUUACGCUUGAAAAUAUUUCGUGGUGAGUUUUUAUAGCUGGAUUUUGCAUGCCACUUAGGAUUUCAGUUUGAUGACUGCAAAGUCUCUGAAGUGGUGGGUAAUUAACGUUUCUUGUCUAUGCCACGUUUCAGUUCUUUGCAAGAUUCUUAAAGUAAUGAAAAACAAACAAACAAAAAAAAUGAAUUAGUGUUUCAUUUUGGUAAUGUUUUAGCUGAGUUUUAAAUUGCAAAGGCUAUUUUCAAGAGUACAGUGAUUUGCAGGGAAGAGCUAAUGCCUUUGGAAAGAGUCUAUGGCUUCUGAUAUUACUAAGAUAUCUGCAGCUUCCUCAUCCCCAUAUACUCCUUGUUUUUCUUACAGCAUCUCCUGCUUAUAGUUAAAAUAUUAACUGCUUAUAAUCCCUCCUAUGUAUAUUUCAGCUCUUUUUACUGUAUGAAUGUUGCUCAUUUAACCACAUGUAAUUUAUCAAGAACUUCAUUAUCAGUCCUAUCCUCUCAGUGUCCCUGCUGUUAGGCGCUAAAUCAUAAUUCAUCAUGUAUUAGGUGAGACUUACUCCUCCCCCCCCCCCAAAAAAAAAAAUCUCUUAAAUCACCUGCAAAUAAAGCAUACUUAAAGAUGUAUUUGGCCAGUAUUUGUCAACUUUUAAGAAAAUUAUUUCUAUUGUGGUUUUUUUUUCCUUUAUUGUACAGCGCUUCCAUUUUCUUAUGGUCUAAAGAUGAUGGCCUAGGGAUUGUACCUCAUGGCAUCUAUGUAGAAAGAAAAUUAAACUGUAAUUCAGCAGUAAAA